CCGCGCGGACGUCGUCGCGAUUAGUCGUUUUCCUCGUUGCUGCAUUGCCUGCGUACGUGUGUAUGCAUGCGAACUUGUGCGUGAUGAAUUUGUGAGCAGGAGCAAGGUGAAAACUCCCGGUCACGUUUGUUGAAAGAAGAAAGGAUCAAAUGAGUAACAUCAGCAUACAGCUUAAACGGGGAAUUCGACCGGUCGAACAAAAUCUAUGUUAAUGAAUUGGUCGUUUUUCAACCGUGAAAUUGGCAGUUCACGAGUUAAUGCGUAUGAGGACCGAUGGAUUCAACGAAUAUCAAAUCGAAGCCGAAUCCGCGGGAAAAGGCGAACAUCGUGUCGGUGUUGCUUUGGUGGUGGACCAUUAAGAUAUUCAGAACAGGGAUACAAAAGGUUUUAGAAGUAGAAGACUUAUAUGAUCGGAAAGCCGACCGAGCGAAGCUGCUCGGAGAUCGAUUAGAAAAACGAUGGAACAUCGAGUUGGAAAAUUCGAAAAAAUGGAAACGCAGUCCGAGUCUGUUGAAGACCAUUUUUCGCACAUUCCUAUGGGAAUAUUCUAUGCUGGGAGUAAUACAGAUUCUCAACGAGUUUGUGAUAAGGUACGCUGCUAUCAAAACGGACGAACGAGUCCGGCUGAUGGACGAAAUCAUUUCCGGGGUACAGGUGAUCAAGAUGUACGCGUGGGAGAAACCGUUCUGCGCCAUGGUCGAGCUGGCGCGCAAGCUCCAACUUCGAGUGGUCACCAAGAGUUCGUAUAUCCGCGGCAUUUACAUGACCUUCAAUCUCUUCACAACCCGGAUGGCGCUCUACUGCACCCUCGUCGCUAUGCUGGCGUUUGGUUCUGACAUGACCGCCGACAAGGUCUUCGUCGUCUCGUCCUACUUCAACAUCCUCGCAUACACCAUGACCGGCAUGUUCGUGCGCGCUUUCGCAGAGUUCGCCGAGUGUAUUGUAACCAUACGCAGGCUCCAGAACUUCCUCAUGUUCGAUGAGUUCCAGGGCAGCAAUGUUAUCGUUUCCAAGGCGUCAUACGCCAACAUCAGUUCGGAUUUGAAGCGAGUCUCCAAAUUGGAUCUGCCUUACAUCGACGACGACGACGAUGACAACGUGGAGAAGCAGCUGGAAUCACGUGGAGAGGUUUCGGACGAGAAUAGCGAUCACAGAAAGCCUAACAGUCUGAUGACUGUUGCCAGCGACUUAUUGAUGAGCACCGCUAAUUCUAUUGGUGAAAAGAAAUCCAUAUAUGAUACGAACAACUGGGCUAUCAAUAUGAUUAACGUUACUGCCAAGUGGGAAGAGAAACAGUCAGAGAACACCUUGGAGAAUCUGAAUCUGGAAAUAGAAAGAGGUAAGCUGUACGCGGUGAUCGGCAUGGUGGGCAGCGGCAAGAGCUCGUUCCUGUCCGCGAUUUUGGGAGAGAUCAGCCUGACAGAAGGUCAGGUGAUAGUCAACGGCGAUGUCAGCUACGCUAGCCAGGAAGCCUGGGUAUUCGGUGCUACUGUCCGACAAAAUAUACUCUUCGGACAACCUUACGAUCGCCAACGAUAUCAGAAGGUGGUCAAGGUUUGCGCCCUGUUGCGCGACUUCAAGCAGUUUCCGCAGGGUGACCAGACUAUCGUGGGUGAGCGGGGCAGCUCGCUGUCCGGCGGUCAAAAGGCCAGGAUCAACUUGGCCAGGUCCUUGUACAGGCAGUCGGACAUCUAUUUGCUGGAUGAUCCUUUGAGCGCGGUGGAUGCACAUGUCAGCAAACACCUGUUUCAAGAGAGCAUUCAGAGAUACCUGGCCGGUAAAACGAGAAUCUUGGCGACGCAUCAGCUACAGUACAUAAAGGAAGUGGAUGCCAUUAUACUACUUGACCAAGGAAGAAUAAAGUACUUCUCGCAUUAUCAGGAUUUAUUGGAAUAUCGACCCGAGUACGGAAUACUUGUAGCAGCGGAGAACGAAGCGAUCGACGAACCGUUCUUAGAAAAGGAUAUAAACGUACGACGACAGAUUUCUUCCUCGAGUAACAGAAGUCGAACUUCGGAAGCUAGUACCGGCGGCACCGAUGAAGAGGAAGAUCAAAAUCCCGAAACAUUGAACGGCGGUCUCGAGACGACGUCGCGCGGCAUAGUUAAGGGUCCUAUAUUUAUCAAGUACUUCAAAACUGGUGUCAGCUUAUACAUGGCUGGUACUGUUUUGCUUCUAUUCAAAAUCACGCAAAUCAUCGUCAGUCUCAACGAUUACUUCGUGCCUCUCUUAAUUAAUUUUGUGGAAACGGAAAACUACAAAGCCAAGCAGUUUAGUUUGAAUCAGACGGAUGACGUUUACAUGAACACAACGAAUAUACACAAAUACAUUACCCUUGAAGACGAAUCGGUGAUUAUUUAUGUCUACAUUUACACUGGCAUCGUGCUGGCCAUCUUCUUCGUUGGCAUCACCAGAUCGUUGGUCUUCUACAAGACGUGCAUGAGAUGCAGCCAACGUCUACACGAUAUGAUGUUCAGCGCAUUAAUUCGUACUGGAAUGCGAUUUUUCGACACUAAUCCGAGCGGUAGAAUCCUCAAUCGAUUCUCCAAAGAUAUGAGUGCGGUCGACGAAUUAUUGCCUAGAGCGAUUCUGGACGCCGGUCAGAUGAGCAUGUUGAUGUUAGGAUCGUUAAUAGUAACCUGCGUGGUAAAUCCCAUCUUCUUGGCGCUUAUCGUGCCUACCAGUAUAUUAUUCUAUUGGAUCCGUAGAGUCUACCUUAAGACCAGCAAGAACAUCAAGCGACUGGAGGGAAUGUCACGCUCGCCGAUAUUCACUCACUUGAACACCACGUUGAACGGUUUGACGACUAUCAGAGCAUAUUGCGCUCAGGACAUACUUAAAGAUGAAUUCGACAAGUUGCAAAAUGUACACACGUCUACCGUUUACAUGUAUAUUGUGACCAACACAGCAUUUGGAUUCUCUCUGGACGUGAUUUUUUUUUUCAUCAUUUCAAUCGUCACUUUUAGCUUUUUGUUCAGUAAAUCAUUUUCCGGUGGCGAAGUCGGUUUGGCCAUCACACAAGUAAUGGCUUUGACCGGGUCAAUUCAGUUUGGAAUGCGACAAAGUGCGGAGGUAGCGAAUCAGAUGAUGGCGGUGGAACGUUUACUCGAAUAUGUUCAACUUCCGCCAGAACCGAAUUUAAGAGACCGAGGGGCGUACGUGAAGAAGAAAGAUAGGAAUUUGGCGUUACCGUCCAAUGUUCCCAAGACCUGGCCCGACAAGGGUUGCAUCGAAUUCAGAAACGUUUAUAUGCGCUACGCGGACGAGGAUCCGCCUGUCCUCAAGGGCCUGAGCAUAGUGAUUUAUCCAGGGGAGAAGAUUGGAAUUGUGGGAAGAACAGGCGCCGGGAAAUCAUCGUUGAUAUCAGCGUUGUUUCGAUUGGCAAAAGUGGAGGGGAUCAUUGAGAUUGACGGCGAGGACACGGGUUUGAUAGCCUUAGAGGACUUGCGACGCAAAAUGUCCAUCAUCCCCCAGGAUCCCGUUUUGUUC